UCGAGCAGGUAGAAAAAAAGGAACAGAGUGGCCCACUGCUCUCCCUCCCAGUCCGCCACGGUUUCGUCGUUGCCCUAGCGUUCCUGUUCGUCCUCCCUCCGCCAAUCUUUCUCUCCUCGUCUCCUCUUCCCCUCGCCGCUUGCGACGCCGGCCCGUUGCGACAGCGGCAGGAUCUGGAUCAAGGGUUUUAAGGCCAGUGGAGUCAUAUGGCUGCGAAUGAUGAGCCAUUAUACCCAAUUGCUAUACUGAUUGAUGAAUUGAAGAAUGAAGACAUUCAGCUGCGUCUAAACUCUAUCCGUAGGCUUUCUAUCAUUGCACGUGCUCUUGGGGAGGAAAGGACUCGAAAAGAAUUAAUUCCAUUUCUCAGUGAAAACAAUGAUGAUGAUGAUGAAGUUCUUCUUGCCAUGGCAGAAGAGUUGGGUGUUUUUAUUCCCUAUGUUGGCGGUGUGGAACAUGCUCAUGUGUUGCUUCCACCCCUCGAAACUUUAUGCACUGUAGAGGAAACUUGUGUUAGGGAGAAAGCAGUGGAAUCACUCUGCCGUAUUGGAGCACAAAUGAAGGAAAGUGAUUUAGCAGAAUGGUUUAUUCCUUUAGCAAAGAGGCUAGCGGCUGGUGAGUGGUUCACUGCUCGUGUCUCCUCCUGUGGUCUCUUUCAUGUUGUUUAUCCAAGUGCCACAGAUCCAUUGAAAGCAGAACUUAGAUCCAUUUUUGCACAAUUGUGCCAAGAUGACACACCUAUGGUCAGACGAGCUGCUGCUUCCAAUCUUGGAAAAUUUGCAGCUACCCUUGAACAAAGCCAUCUAAAGUCAGACAUCAUGUCCAUGUUCGAGGACCUAACUCAGGAUGAUCAGGAUUCUGUGCGAUUAUUGGCGGUUGAGGGUUGUGCAGCACUUGGGAAGUUGCUGGAAUCCCAGGACUGUAUAGCACAUAUCCUUCCUGUCAUUGUUAACUUCUCACAGGAUAAGUCCUGGCGUGUACGUUACAUGGUUGCAAAUCAAUUGUAUGAGCUUUGUGAAGCAGUUGGUCCUGAAGCAACAAGGGCUGAUUUGGUACCUGCAUAUGUCCGUCUUCUUCGUGAUAAUGAGGCUGAAGUACGCAUUGCUGCUGCUGGAAAGGUGACAAAAUUUUGUCGGAUCCUGAAUCCACAACUUGCAAUUCAGCAUAUUCUCCCAUGUGUUAAGGAAUUAUCGACAGAUUCAUCUCAGCAUGUUCGUGCAGCUCUUGCUUCCGUAAUCAUGGGCAUGGCACCUACAUUAGGGAAGGAUGCAACCAUUGAACAACUUCUUCCCAUUUUCCUUUCUUUGCUCAAAGAUGAGUUUCCAGAUGUCCGAUUGAAUAUAAUCAGCAAACUUGAUCAAGUAAAUCAGGUUAUUGGUAUUGACUUGUUAUCCCAAUCUCUAUUACCUGCUAUUGUGGCCCUUGCCGAGGAUAGGCAUUGGCGAGUACGCCUUGCCAUAAUUGAGUACAUUCCUUUGCUGGCUAGUCAGCUUGGUAUUAGAUUUUUUGAUGAUAAACUUGGCGCUCUUUGCAUGCAGUGGUUGGAAGAUAAGGUUUUCUCAAUUCGGGAGGCAGCUGCUAAUAACUUGAAGCGUCUUGCAGAAGAAUUUGGUCCAGAAUGGGCAAUGCAACACAUAAUUCCGGAGGUACUAGAAAAGAUCAAUAGCCCACAUUAUCUUUAUCGUAUGACCAUUCUACGAGCAAUUUCUCUUCUUGCCCCUGUUGUGGGUGCUGAUAUCACGAGCGAGAAGUUACUGCCCAUUGUGAUUGCUUCCUCAAAGGACAGGGUGCCCAACAUCAAGUUCAAUGUUGCAAAGGUUUUACACAAUCUUGUUUCCAUACUCGACCAAUCUCUGGUGGACAAGACGAUUCGACCUUGCCUGGUUGAGCUCACCGAGGACCCUGAUGUGGAUGUCAGGUAUUUCGCGAACCAAGCACUGGAAGCAUGUGAUCAAGUUAUGAUGUCAAGCUAGGAGAUCGAUUCAUCAAGAAGCUUUACAUCUAAACCCCUACACAAAUAAGGGUGGUGGUUCUCAGUUGUUUAAACUAUUUUUGGUGGACUUGAAAUCAAUGAUGCUGUAGGGGUUCGAUCCUAAGCUAUUUUAUUCCCAUCGUCCUUAAUUCUGAGCAACCGAGAUUUGUUAUUGUGCAGUUGCAAACGAUUUCUUUCGCCUACUGAAGAUCUGUUGUUGUAAAAAUCUUUUAUUCAAGGCGAUGUUGCCAUAGUGACAAAUCAUAUGUUGUGUUUUAGAUCUCA